GGAUACAGGCGUGAUGCUGCGCUAGUAACAGAUGAGUAGGACCUGAACAUCACGUUGACAGAAGAACUUCAGAGUGUGAUAAUGAUGGACGAGGGUUCAGAUCCGUCUGUCACUAUCGCACAAGUAGUACAGCGACUCAAAGGGACUCAUUUACACUCUCAGCUGGAGAAACAGGCAAAAGAAUGUUUGCACAGACCGGAAAUAAAAUUAGAAUCACUUAAAGAUGACGUGCGGAGAUGGUUAAAAGCGUCAGGCUGGGAGAGAAAAUUGCAAAAUGCAGUUUACAGAGAAUUGCACAUUCUUCCUCCUCAUGGGCAUCCACGAGCCCCUCCCGAACACACCAAAGAGCCCUUGGCAUAUAUGCGCAAAGCCCAGGCCGGCUGGGAGAAGAGAAUCAUGAAGAGUUUGAACAGUAUGUGUACAGAAUUAGGAAUCCCACUGUCACGAAAGCGGCCGGUCCCAGAGCAGAAAGAGCUCACUAAAAAAUGGAACGAGAUGGGAACCGAUGAACCAGACCUAAGCAAAUUCAGACCUGUUUAUGCACCCAAAGAUUUCCUUGAGGUGUUAAUCGGUUUAAGGAACCCUAAUAAUGACCGGAGUGAAGAGGUCACUGUCAGAAGUCACUGGGGAUUAAUCCAGGUUUCCCUCAAUGUCUGUGACGUUUCACAACUGAGGGAGACGUAUCCAGAGCUCAGUUUUACUUAUGGCCAACUUGGUAUAGACGAUCACACACAUGUUCCCCCAGAUUUGUUUGAGAGCGAGCACAUUCGGGUAGGAAAGAAAGUGGUGAGUGCUCAGGACAGUGCAGCCGCUCAGCAGUACAGCAGGCAGGGAUGCCCUACAGGUUUAAGAGCCCAACUAUGGACUCUCAUCCUGAACUCUUACAGCGAUCCUGAGGACCUAACACAUUAUGAGCAGCUGAAGGCUAGAGUCAUACAACAUGACCUGCUGGUGGACAACCUCAUUUAUAAGGACGUGAAGCUGACUGCAAGCAAUGAUGAUUAUUACUUUGUGUUCGAGGACUAUUUAUAUCAGGUUUUGCUCUGUUUCUCUCGAGACACUUCAGUUCUUGAGCACUUCAACUAUGACAGCGCUACACCACCUAAAUCUUCCAUCCACAGCAAGUCUGGCUCAGAGCAGUUUUCUGUGGUUUACCCUCCAAAUGGUGUCAUUCCAUUCCAUGGCUUCUCGAUGUAUGUGGCCCCUCUGUGUUUCUUAUAUAAUGAACCAUCCAAGCUGUACAGCGUGUUUAAAGAGAUGUACAUUCGCUACUUCUUCAGACUGCACUCGAUUUCCUCACAUCCGUCUGGUUUAGUGUCUCUGUGCCUGCGGUUUGAGAGAUUACUGCAGACUCAUCUGCCUCAGCUUUUCUACCACCUACGAGAGAUAGGAGCCCAACCAUUACGUAUUGCGUUUAAAUGGAUAGUCCGGGCCUUCUCCGGAUACCUGUCAACCGACCAGCUCUUAUUGUUAUGGGACCGUAUAUUGGGAUAUGAUUCCUUAGAGAUAGUGGCAGUUCUGGCCGCUGCAGUCUUUGCUUUCCGAGCUGAAAACCUGAUGGAAGUGACAUCACUGGCAUCGGCCGAGGCUGUUCUGGCUGAUCUCUCAACCCUUAAGGUGAUGCCCCUGCUUCAGAUCUUCCUCUUCGCCACUGCUGUUUGAGGAACCUGCAUAUUUCUGUUUGAACCAAAAGCCGCUGACCCCAUUUACUCUUUAAUACAUGUUCCUGGUGUUAGUUGAAUCUGUUCUCAUUACGCAUGAUUCAUUAGUGCAUGUUAUUUCAAAGAAGAAAUCUAUCUUCAUUAUUUUAAUCAAAAUAAUGUGACGGUGUUCUCCUCUUCUGAAAUGACCAAAAGAACAUUUUAAUAGUCCAAUCUUAAAGGGAUAGUUUACCCCCAAAUUAAAAUACGUUCAUCAUUUAUUCACCCUUAUGUAAUUUCAAACCUGUAUGACUUUCUUCUGUAGAAAAUAAAAUAUUUUUAAGAACGUUGGGAACCAAACAACAUUGGUCCAUUGUAUGGACAGAAAACCACAUAUUUCUCAAAACAUCUUUUGAAUAAUGACAUGAGGCUGAAUAAAUUGUGACCGAGUUUACUAUCCCUUUUAAAUGACAAAAGCUUGGCCCUGGAGCUGCGCUGACUCAAAGAGAAAGCGUAAAAUUUAUUUAUUAUAAAGUGUGAACCUGCAUGACUUGGCGGUCUUCCGGAUGGGGCAGCGAAGUAGUCAUAACACACUACCCUCGGUUUCCUGGCUGUCUCGAUUAAGGUUAGUGUAGAUGAAGCCAGUUGUACAGUGAUGUUGAGGUUGAUAGGUUGGGUUUGGGUUGUUUAACCCUGAAGUAAGAUAGAUUACAAGUUCCAUAUUGUCUCUGUCAAGUAUAAAAACACUACUUUUCGAAUAUGGUAAAACUGUAUGUUUGAAAUAAUUAAACACUGUGUUGUUUAAGUUGACAAGCUCUUUUCAAUAUUUUCAUUGGUAAAAUAUUUGCCAAACAGA